AAGUUGACGUCACCCAUAUCCAUUGGAUGCUUGUGGAGGAAGCGUCAAGAUGGAGUUCUUCAUUGGUAACCCAUACAGUACUCCUGUCGGGCAAUGUAUAGAACGUGCUACAGAUGGAUCCCUGCAGACUGAAGAUUGGGCCCUGAACAUGGAAAUUUGUGAUAUUAUUAACGAAACUGAAGAAGGGCCAAAGGAUGCUAUCAGGGCUCUGAAAAAAAGGCUGAGUGGAAAUAAAAACUACCGUGAAGUAAUGCUUGCUUUAACGAUUUUGGAGACCUGUGUUAAGAACUGCGGUCAUCGUUUCCAUAUCCUCGUAGCCAACCGUGACUUUGUUGAUGGUGUUUUAGUAAAAAUUGUCUUGCCCAAAAAUAAUCCUCCAGCCAUUGUGCAGGAUAAAGUCCUUGGAUUGAUUCAAGCUUGGGCUGAUGCUUUCAGGAGUAGUCCAGAUCUGACUGGAGUAGUUCAUAUUUAUGAAGAGUUGAAGAGGAAAGGGAUGGAGUUUCCAAUGGCAGAUCUGGAUGCACUGUCUCCAAUACACACACCAGGGAGAUGCAUUCCUGAGAUAGAUCCGGCAAUGAACAAACCAAUGCCUCAGUCCCUACAGAAAAACACUUCGCCAACCAGCAUGCUAUCUGCACCAUCCACACUGACUGCCUAUACAGCCCCACAAGGCCUCCCAGCUGGACCAAUCACUGCAAACGUUGAACAGCUUGCCAGGUUGCGCAGCGAGUUGGAUGUUGUCCGUGGAAAUACAAAAGUUAUGUCUGAAAUGUUGACAGAAACAGUCCCUGGAGAAGAAAAUCAAUCUGACUUCGAGUUGCUACAGGAACUAAAUCGCACAUGUCGAGCAAUGCAACAACGGGUUGUAGAACUUCUUUCCAAUGUAACUAAUGAAGAGAUCACAGAGGAACUUCUGCAUGUAAAUGAUGAUCUUAAUAAUGUUUUCCUUCGUUAUGAAAGAUUUGAACGAUGCAGAACAGGAUGUGAAAGUCAGGAUGCAAGAGAUGGUGUAUUGAAUGAAGUUACAGACACAGAUAAUCUAAUAGACUUGGGUCCGGGUUCCCCUGCAGUUGUGAGCCCAAUGGUUGGAAAUAUGAGUGCUCCUAUUUUGUCCUCACAGCUCGCUGGGCUGGAUCUGGGGGCAGACAGUGUUAGUGGCACCCUUAGCUCAUUGACCAACUGCAAUCCAGAUGCUCGAGAUUCAGCUAAUUUCGAUAUGUUUGGACAGGUCAGAAGCAGUUCUCAAACUGAUGAGUGCAAAAAUGUAACAUAUGAAGACUUGCAGUCAGUUGGAGGAUUGGCAACUGCUAUUGAUAUUCAACAAAAUGUAGCAGUGCUGAACCAUAGAGCUGACAACCCAGACAUCGAGCUUAUAGACAAGUGGCUCAUGACACAAGGAAUGAUUCCUGUUGCACAGUCUGUUAUGGACGACGUUGAAGAAUGGCUCAGCACUGAUGUGAAGGGAGAUGAUGUAGAAGAAGGAGUAACAAGUGAAGAAUUUGAUAAAUUUUUGGAAGAAAGAGCAAAGGCAGCAGAGAGAGUCCCAAACCUGCCUUCUACCCUGACGAGCAACUCCAAUCCUCCACCAGUGUCUGCUGAAAGUGUAAAGAAACUGGACCGUUCCAAGGAUACCCUCUAUGCUUUACAAUGACGUGUGUGUAUUUUGGGUGUGUGUGUGUGUGUGUGUGUGUAUGGUUCAUUUGUUGUUGGGCAGGGUGCUGCUGUACAGUUUGCUAUAGCGUCUCAAUGGUGGCUGGUGAUGCACUUAUGUUUAAUGUAUCUCCAUUUAUUGCAACUCCUCCAGCCAACUAAUCCAUAAGAUGCCUUCCUAAUGUGCUAUUCGCAGUUAAAAACUGGCAAAUCUUUUAAAUCGCUGGGUUUUAGCAUUCUCCACAGUAUAAUGUAUUAUGUCCAUAUAUUAGCUGGACUUGCAAUAUUUCUCUGCAGUUCAUAUUUGAAUAAUGAUUUGGACCUACAUUCUGGUUAACCUGUAUCUUACCAAAGGGAAUUGGAAAAGCUGGCCAUUUUGACAUUAUUACAAAAUGUUUAUUGUUAACACCGUGACAUUUUAGCAAGUGUGCUUUUUGUAAAAAUUGUAUCUCUAAGUGAACUAGUUUCUCUGGCCAGUGUUCAUUUCUGUUGGGACAUAGCACCUUUCACAUUGCAGUAGGUAUCAUAGGAGUUUUGCUAUAUUAUAAAGGAAAUUAGAGGAAUUCAUAAGUUUUAUCUAAACUAUAUAUUUUAGUGGUGAAUAUGCUAAUUGUAUUAUAUGUAUAACACUAAAAUGUGUUGCAAUGAAAACUGUACUGGAAAUACAUAUUAAAUGUAGGAUGAACCCUGAUGUAACAAAGAUACUUAUUAUUACAGGGACAACCACGCACACUUCAUAUGAAGUAUAGUGGUUAAAAUGGCAAUUUUCUAAGUGUGUUUGCAGUCAUUUUGUUUUGGCUAAAUCCUGCUAAUUUGAUGUAUGAACAGUUUAGCCACACAAGAGAGCAGUACGUUUUUCCCCUUUAACCACUGAUGAAAUAACUAAUCAAUCACUAAAAGACAUGUCUAUAGUCUCUGCGACUCUACUUCGAACAUCAAGCCUGUGUAGCUCUUAGUAGUAUAGAUUUCUUCUGGUCGCCGUGGAUACAAAUUAUAGAUCUGUGUUGAUUCUAAAUGUGCACAAAUGGAAUAUACACUGGUGAGAGAGAGUAUUCAUUCCGUCUGAUUCAUUCUUCUGUUGAAACCUAGAACCAUACUGUUGCAUUGUUUAAUUUGUUUCUUGAAUGAUGGGGGAAAAAGAAUGAUAAAAUUCUCUCUGGAAGGCCUUGCAUGUUUUAAUCCUUAUCUUUACUGAACUUGCCCUUUUACUAUUUUGUAUCUUUAUCGCCUGUCCUAUCAUUGUGCUUCAGGUUAUUUUUUCGGCUAUUUUCCUUGAAUUAGAUGUUUUCCAGACUGUUUUCUGUGAAAUCCCCUCUUCUUCACCUUUUUUAACUGGACUGGAGUAUCUGAGGAUUUUCCUGCCCUAGUAUUAAGACCAAAGCUUUCCUUUGAAUGAGUUCUCCUUAAGGUGACUGAGCUGCAGGUCAUGUAGGUAGAUGGUUGAAGUACUCAUUACACAAUUUUGCUAUAAAUGUUGAUCACUUUCAGCUUUCCAGUUUAUAUGAGUAACCAUAUUUGAGAAAGAGGCUUCUGUGGUGUUAAAAACUGGUGAUUACGUGUGCAUGUUUUUCAGUAGUGGGUCAGCAAAAGUUGAGGAUUGGUAUGAAUUUUUUUUUCCAAUGUGUCCAUUGGAACUUUGGGUAAGUACAAUUCAAAAUUCUACCUUUCCAAAGCUUGGGUUGUCUCCGAGGAGAGUUUUCUGAAUUGUAAACCAAAAGGGUGAGGUAAUUUUUAUUAUCAUGUGCCCAUUAGUGGUUUUGGCCUUAGACAUCGAGGCCCCAAGUUCUGAAAUUCUUUCAACCUGUCUGCCUCUUCCUUGCUUGCUUUCUUGCCCUCAUACACUUUCUCUUGUUCUCUCUCUACUAAAUAUAUUACAACACCUGACUUAAUAUAUUUGUCUCUCUGUACUCUGAGGCAUACUUUCCUAAAUUGAAGGAGUUCUAUCAAUUAAAGUUAUUGUUUAUUUUAAUCAAUAUAAUUCUGUCAUUUGAAUGUAUUUUCUGAAAAAUUGGCAUUUUUAUUCUACAUUCCCUAUCUAAAGUUUUUUAAUUCAAGUUUUAGACCUUAUUCCUCUUCCCUUUCUCCCUACUCACUGCCUAUUCUACAUCCAGAUUGUUAGUUUAGGACAUUCGGUGCUUUUACAUUUUGUAUUUUCGUAGUUAAGACUGUGGAAGAGUGAUGUUCAUGUUUGAAAUCAUUCUGUGCAACUGCACUUGCAAACCUCAGAUGGCAACAGUGAAUGCAAGAUAAUUUUUACAUUCACCUUUGUUUACAGUAAGAUACUGAUUUGGCCCGCUCCACACUCUCAUCCAUGCAUGGAUAAAGAGCAGUUCAUAUUUCAUCACUUAACAGUGCUGCAGUUAAUCAGGAAUUAGGUUUGCUAAGUGCUGUUUCAUGAUAAGCUGUGGAAAUGUUAAAAUCUCAACUUUUCAGUGUUACCAUUUUGAAAACUUAACCACCUCCAAGCACUCUAAUUCUAAAUCCAGAACAAAAACAGCAAAAAUCAGGUGCCAACAUCCAAAGUAGAAACACUCAACAGCUUGUCAGACAGUAUCGGCUGAGAGAGUAUUGAUGUUCUGAUGAAAAAUCAUUAACCUUAAGUAUUGUCUCUAUUUAUAUCUCUGUAGAUGCAUCCUGACCUACUGAAAAUUUCCAGCAUUUUGUUUUUAUUUGAACUAUUUUAAUUAUUGCAUUUAUUGUUUUACACACCCUUGAAGACCAAAAUAUUCUACACAGCAAGCAUAUUUCAAAAUCCAAACACUGCAGAGUGAAAACAAAAUAAUUCAAAGUGUCAUUUAUUGAGUGUGGAGGCCACUAGGUACAAUAAACAGCAACCGUGCAUCUGACCCAGAAUCUAUGGGUUCAAGUCCCACUCCAGGAUAUGAUGAUGACAACAUGUAUGUUCAUAACAUGGCCAAAUAGGUUGAUCAACCUAAAUAUUCUUCCAUUGUGCCUAUGCCAGGCAAUAAAAUGGUCAGCUGUGCUUGACGCAGAGUGACUAUAGCCCUUGGUGAUAGAUUAGUAACCUUUCCACACAAAUCUAACUAUGGAAUCAGACAUAUAUUGUCAGCAUCAUUUAUCAUUAAAUGUGGGAGAAUCUCCAAGUCAUCCUUUCCAUCGGCACCUUAAUACAGAGGUAUACAAAUUUAUACUGUUGUGUGGUCAGUUUCUAGUAUCCAUUACAAUGAAAGCACGUGUAUCUAUGGUUAGGUUUACUAUCUGAAUGUUGUACAUUGCUAGGUAAUUGGUUAAAAAUGACACAACACCAGCUUAUAGUCCAACAGGUUUAAUUGGAAGCACACUAGCAUUCGGAGCGACG